AUGCUUCGGUCUUCUUUCCGGGCGGUCGCAGACCCUGCCCGAGACCAUGUUUGCUUAUCUUGCUUGACCCGCCGAUAUGGCGCGCCAUCUACGUUGCGCCGAUUUCACUACACGCCCACGCUGCACUCAAAAUCAAGCGGAGACAAGGCGGAGUCCCGCAAUGAGGACGUGCCGGUCAAACCGGUGACCCAGCUUGCUAAUUCGAAUUGGGCGAAGAAGGGUGGAACUUCGAUAUCGCCAUCUAAGGGUCUCAAGAAGUCCGGCAAUAAACGUCUUAAUACAAAAAAGCUGCGCAACAAAGACGGCUUCAAUCGAUCUAAGAAUGAACCACAUGACGAUGAUCAGCCGAAGGAGAAUCCGUCAAGCACAGGUCCCGAAUCUGUACGCGGGGUCACUCAGGUGAGACAAAUACUGGAAGAGACGAGCAAAGCCAAAUCGAAGCCGAAAUCGAAGUCCAAAGGCUCCAGCAGCGAGGAAUUUGCACACCUCAAGUCAUUUAUCCAAAACAACCAUGCUGGAUCAAUACGGCCAGAUGAGGUUAAGGCAUUGGAUAUCCCUACUCCCCCCGUUCCUCGUCUUUCAUUCGGUCUUGAUCGAGUUCUUUUCAAUCCUGGCGUUUACCAAUUACGAGACCCUCGAUCCCGCGUCUACAAUUUCGAUCCCUACCUAGGCGAGAUCAUGCCUGUGACAGAAUUCGACUUUAAUACCCUCAAGGAUUAUGUCACCUCAUCCAAGGAUACAGCCCUCCGAGAUGUUGCUGUUCAGAAUGGAAAGAAAUAUCUGGGCUCUUCCUCUAGCAUGACCUCGGUUCUUUCCCACUUCCACUAUCUGCUUUCUAGUUGGAGACCUAUCGAUACCCGCCAAAUCUCGCAAGGAUUCCCCGAUAAGCUGCGUAGCUUUACUCGUCUGCUCCGGGCUCCGGCUGCCAUGUUUCUUCACUACCAGGAUGGCGUGUACGCUAUUGAUGCGGAUAAGGAGUAUGAUUCGGCGAACAUCCUUAUGAACCUGGGCAAGUCGAUGGAGAAGCUGCUCACCAUGCCCAAGGAGGACUUUGAGCGCUACCGCCGGUCCAGCGAAAAUAAGAUUACGCCCGAGGAGGAAGAGGCGAUUCCCGAAUCGUAUCACUUCUCUACCUCAGGAGAUUUUGUCAUGCGUUCACAGCUCGAUGCUUACGACCCUCGACUACCGGGAACUGGUAUGUUUGAUCUCAAGACACGCGCCGUGGUCUCCAUUCGCAUGGAUGCAAAGAACUUCGAAAAUGGACUGGGCUAUGAGAUCAAGAGACGGUUCGGUGAAUAUGAGUCGUAUGAGCGCGAAUACUUCGACAUGAUUCGGGCUGCGUUCUUGAAAUACUCGUUGCAAGUGCGCGUUGGUCGCAUGGACGGUAUUUUUGUGGCGCAUCACAAUGUUGAGCGCAUUUUCGGUUUCCAGUACAUCAGUCUGCCCGAGAUGGACCAGGCGCUGCAUGGGCAAUCAAAUACCGCGCUGGGAGACACCGAGUUCCAACUGAGUUUGAAAUUGUGGAAUAAAAUUCUUGACCAAGCGACCGAGCGCUUCCCCAAACAAUCCUUGCGGUUCCACUUUGAGACCCGAGAUGCGGUGACGCCAUUCAUGUACGUCUUCGCCGAACCUGUCACGCCGGAGCAGAUCAAGGACAUCCAAACCAAGAACGCAGCAGAAAUCGACGAGUACCAAGAACGUCUGUUGAAUAUCACCCCGAAGGACUCCGAACUCGAAGCAGCAAAGAAAGAUACUGAUGACGCCAUUCAUGCCGCCCUUUACGACUCGGACUCACCACUGGAACCGAUGAGCUCCCCGGAGAAGGAGACGGAACAAGUCCCAAAUCAAGAGAUCUUUGCCAUGGCAUUGUCAAUCAAGAACAAAGUCAACGACAAGAUUGUUGAACGGCCCUAUUACUUCACUGAAUCGGAUACUUGGGAGGUUGACUACGAGCUCAGAGAGCUGUCAGCUAGCCAAGGCAACAGGCUGUAUAAGAUGUGCCAGGAACGGCGCAGAAAAGCCCUGACAACCUCGGGCGAGGACGCGCAGGGCGUCGUGAGCAAUCUAUACGCUAGAAGACUGCAAAAGAUCAGCCAAGAGGGUCGCAAGUACCGUGCUAUGGAGGAUGAGAUUGAUAAGAGGUGUGGUACCAUCGUGUACUCGGAUUAA